GAGCAGACGUGGAAAAGGAAAUCAUGGUGUACACAAUCUUCGCUGAUCGAUGAACUCCUCCUAAUGACUAUCCUCCCAUUGCCGAGGCUUGAUUCGGGACAGAGAUUUUUGAUUAUGUGAAGCAUAACAUCGCUUCGAGACGGCGCUGAUAAUCACCGAAUGCUUCCCAAGUUGCGCCUCAUGAUUCCAAAGGGAGUUCCGAACGCAGAGAAUCUUUGUCCAAUCCAAAAAUUGACUCAUCACAACCCAUGAGAAUACAAUAGACGUCAAGAGGCCAAUCGGAAAAUAUGUUCCCCACGUUCGUGGCCGCUCACCUCGUUAGCACUUUAGUUCAUAUGGGGAAUCAAUCGCACAGGACGCAAUGUUGCCUGAAUGAGACGUACUGUAUCUCCGUUGACACUGACAGGUACCCAGACAUAUUCGUGCCGCCUAGUCCAUCUACCGCCGGUCCAUCUUUGCCACCCGACUCGUCGAACUGGGCCACACCUGAACUUCACACACUGCCGACCUUCAAUCAAAGUAAAAGUCCCUUCCUCCAAGGCUUCCAGAAGAACAGAUUCCACGGAAUAGAUCAGAUUUAUAGAUAUUUGGAGGCGGUGAUGGAAUCAUCGAAACUCGCUACCUUAUUGAAUCUGGGCUUCACAUUCGAGUCGAGACCACUCCUGGGGCUCUUGAUAAGCUCCAGAGUCCGGCCCGAUCCUCGAGACCCAGAAGCGCCUCCUGUCGUGUUCAUCGAAUGUGGAUUGCAUGCCCGUGAGUGGAUUGCGCCUGCCUCCUGUCUUCUGAUUAUACACCAUCUCGUCUCCCAGUACGAUAAGGACCCAGAUAGAACUCACUCGCAGGUCCGGCGGAUGAUCGACGAUUUCGAAUGGCGAAUAUUCCCGUGCAUGAACCCGGACGGUUACGCGUACUCGAUGAGCGUUGACAGGAAGUGGAAGAAGAACCGAUCCAAACGACCCAGAGAUCAACUGAAGCCCGACGGAAGCCAAGAUAAUUGCACCGGGGUGGAUCUGAAUCGCAACUUCGACACCCCCCUCUUCUGCGAGACUCCAAACUUGCGAGAUCCGUGCGGUCCGGACUACUGUGGGCCGCAACCCUUCUCAGAACUGGAGACCAAAGCGCUGCGCGACCAUAUCCUGGGUCUUCGGAGAGCUCGAUCCCGUCAGACUCGGAUACAAUUUUAUUUCUCGGUUCACUCGUACGCUCAGCUAUGGAUAUUCCCUCACGGUUACCGCAACGCAACACUCAGCGCCGAAGACAGACGUCGUCUGGAGAAUUUGAGCAAAGGCGCUGUCAAAGAGAUUUCGAAAAUCAGAGGCGGCUAUGGCGAGUGGAAGUAUGGCAACAUAACUCAGCUGAUGGGUUACAACGGACCAGGAGCCUCGACGGACUGGGCUUUUGACACUGCCAAAAUUUUCUACUCGUUCGCCAUAGAGCUGGGCCCGCAUUCAUCCGUGGGAGAAAACAUUGGCUUCACCCUCUCGGAACAACAAAUCCCGAGAUCUGCCACCGAACUCUGGGUCGGUCUCAAGUUCUGCACGCUCAACUACUAAUCCGGAAGUUCAUCUCGUUUCGCCCGAACCCUCAUCGCCCCUUCGAGCCCUGAGGAUGUACUGUUAAUAAAUAUAUUGUCUUGAA